AUGUCCAACAGACUUGACUCUCUCAACCCCAAGAAGUCUGGUUCGAAACCAGCACUUAAGUUUAAGCCCAAAGUUGUGGCCAGAAAAUCCAAGGAGGAUAGAGAAAAGAAUGCCCCAGUGGUCAAGACAGAAGAAAGAUCGAACCUACCUCCAACUAGAGGACGUGGUGGAUCCAGGGGUCGUGGAAGAGGUCGUGGCGGUGCAUAUGUUGGUACACACUUGGUUUCUUCAGGUCCAUUGGCAUCUUCCGCUGUGGGUAAUGGUCCUGUUGCUACCUCAAAGACUGGUUUGACCAGUGACAAGGUUUUCGGUGCUGAAGGAAGAGAACAGAGUGAUCCCUUGCAGAAUUUGAAGAUGAAGAGUCGAUCUCGUGAAGAUACUCCAGUUGGCGAGGAUUCAGAUGACGAGGGUGGCUUGACCAAGAUUAAUAUGAGCAAAGAGUAUCAAUUCGAAGACAGUGAAACGGUGUUGUUCCCUGUGCGCCCACAGAAGGACGAAGAGAAGAAGGCCACUAAAGUGGCUAUACCAUUAUCAUCCACAGUUUCAGCCACAUCUUCUCGAGCUCCAUCGCAUACGCCUCGUCCUGAGGUAGUCAAGAGUGAAUCGUCUGAAGACAUUAAGAUAGAAGAUACUCCAGGCCCUGUUCCCGAAAGAGUUGGCGAUGUCGUCGAGCACGAUGAGCACAACAGGCUUAUAGACGAUCAGCGUGCUAUUGUUGAUUUGGUUACAGGCAAAUUCGCUGGCCUUAAGGCAGAAGACUCACCAUCAAAUGUGCCAGACAACUACUUCAUGGUUCAUCUUCCACAGAUUAGUCAGGCUCCAAGCGAGAGCGAAAACGAUAAGAUGGACACAGACGCUUCUAAAUCAGAACUUGCCACAUCAUCGUUGGCUGAUUUUCAGGGUCAAAUUGGCCAGCUUAAUUUCCAUAGAUCCGGCAAGAUCACUAUGUCUAUUGGAUCGGAUACCUCUUUGAACGUCGCUCAAGGUGUUCCUUCAAACUUCCUUCAAGAAUUGUACCUUAUAGAUUCCAAUGCUGCUAGAAAAGCGGAAGGUGACCAAGACGAGGAAGUUCUAGACGAACAGGGCCACAAGGUCGUGGGCGAUGUCCACAGGUUAGGUGAAGUGACGGCAAAGCUAGUCGCCACGCCUGAAAUCAGAUAG